AAUUUUCAGGUAUUCAAUGCCUGGGACAGUUAGAAUGGGCUUGGAAGAGACGUUACUCUACCUAGGUAGAUGGGGAAAGUAUCAAAUGUUAACCUAUUUUAUUAUUGCCGUUUGCAUGAAUUAUCCAACAUCUUGGCAAUUAUAUGGAAUUGUUUUUGAAGGACCAAGUGUACCAGUUUCUUACUCUUGUUCUCCAAAACCCGAAAUAGGCCUAGCGCAAAAGAACGAUACAUGUUCGCAAUGGAAAUUUGUUGAAAAAAUUGAGACAAACAAGGCUGUACCCAGUUCGAAAUUACAACAAGUUGUUGGAAAUUUCACUUAUUACUAUGAAGGGAGCGAGCCAUGUUCAAAAUUCGAAUAUGAUCCUUCGCAGCUUGGUUAUGAAUUUGAAAAAAGUGAUGGGACAAUUCAACAACAAUGGGAUCUUGUCUGCGAUAAAGGUACUUGGGUAACCUGGUCUCAAGUGGUUUUUACUGUAGGAGCUUUAGUCGGUGCUACAAUAUGUCCACCGUUUGCAGAUUAUUUUGGUAGGAGAAAGACUUUUUUCUUAUGCCAACUGUUAAUGUGUGUAUUUGGUAUUGGUAUGGCUUUCAGCCCAACGUUUGCAUCGUUUUGCGUUUUUCAAUUUCUAACUGGAGGAUUUGCGAUGGGAAAUGAUCUAUGCGGAUUUGUUAUAGCUUGUGAACUUUUUCCUAAAGACAUGAGAUCAGUACUUUCUCCCCUCAUCUAUUUUUUUUUCUCAACUGGCUCUGCAAUUCUUACUGGAUGGACUAUAGCCUUUCCCAAAUGGAGUCAUCUACAGCUUGCUAUUUCUCUAGUUCCUUUGCUAACUUUAUUAUACUAUCCAUUUUGUCCAGAAAGUUGGCGAUGGCUCAUGGCAAAAGGUCGAAACAACGAAGCAGAGUUUUAUUUAAACAGAGCUGCAAAGUUUAAUGGCUUAAAACCAGUAGAUAGGGCUAUUCUUUUUGACAACUUAUCGGAAAAUAAUAAAGAUGUUCCAGUAAAAAGUGAAGGAAUUAUAGACUUCUUCAAAAAGCCUAUGUUGGUCUUAUACAUGGCCGCUAUGGCUUUUAUUAUGAGCGCUUCGAAUCUUGUCUAUUUUGGCUUGAAUCUUAUGAGUGGUGCGUUAGCUGGAGAUCCUUAUAUUAAUUUUUUAGCUCUUUCUUUGGUCGAGAUUUUUGGAGUUUUUAUAGCAGUGGCAGUUGUGGGUUAUUUUGGCAGAAGGAUUCCAAUUAUGUGUUUCUUUUUUUGGGGAGCCAUUUUUCUCUUUCUUUCUGCUAUCUUCUCAAAAGUUGAGGGUCUAAAAGACAAUUUGGGAGAAGAUAAACUUGGAAAAUUUAUAACUAGCUUUACGAUAGUUGGUAAAAUUGGAAUAACGGCUUCCUACUGUAUAAUAUUGGUUUAUAUUCAAGAAAUCUUUCCCACUUAUAUGAGAGCGUUUGGUAUUGGUAUAACAGCUGGACUUGGUAAUAUUGGAACUGUUUUGGCUCCUAUUUCUCUCUUAGCCUCUGAGCUGGAACCGACAAAGUAUUGGAUACCAACAACUAUUUUUGGUAUUGUUGCACUACUUGGAGGUCUCGUUACUCUUAUUAUUCCAGAAACAGUUGGUAGGGAAUUACCAGCAACUACUGAAGAUGUUCUUAACAUGUCUCACACUCUAUCCCCAGAAGAAUGGAAAGCGGCGAGACAUCAAGCCAAGUUAAUUUUCACCUUUUCGGCAAAAUCAACCGACUCACCCGACCAAGGAGUUGAAAACAUCGCUUUUGAAGGAGACGAAUCACGCUCUCCAAAUAUAAACUCAUCGAAUAAACUCUAA